AGUCCCCUAUUCAAGCAAUGUGGCUGGUGUAGAGUGGUUCCGCGCGGCAUUUUGUUCCGGCGUAUAAGGGAGGACUCGAGGCUUGACUUCUGCGGCUAAUACUAAGACACUUUUAUUGCCGCUAGUAUGAUCCCGAUGCCUGUGGUGGUCUGCGUGCUCGGGGGCUGGUGUGCCGUGUACUUGGCUGAUACUGCACUGAAGUCCUCUUCGUCGCUGAAGGCAUCUUAUGAAGACUGGCUCUCAUCCUAUGGUCUGACUAUCUCUCCAUUUCACAUGCGAUGGCAAACGGCUCUUUUCAACCGCCUGUUUUAUAACUGGGGAAGAUGGAAGCCUAGAUUUCUUUAUCUGUGGUUUAGUAUAGGAAUGGUUUUUGGCAUAGCUGCUAUGUUUGGUUCUGUCAUUCUCCUUGGAAAAACACUGAUGCAGACACUUUCACAGAUGCUAACCGAAGCUCCUACAGCUCAGAAUGAUCAGAUGUUACAGGUUGUGGUGCCAGGUGUAAAUCUUCCCAUCAGCCAGCUGUCCUAUUUCUUCACAGCAAUCCUCGUCAGUGGUGUCAUACAUGAAGUUGGCCAUGGGGUGGCAGCUAUUCGAGAGCAGGUUCGGUUUAAUGGCUUUGGAAUUUUUAUAUUUAUUGUUUAUCCGGGGGCAUUUGUUGAUCUCUUCACCACACAUUUGCAACUUAUUUCUCCAGUCCAGCAGCUAAGAAUAUUUUGUGCAGGAGUCUGGCAUAAUUUUGUGCUUGGAGUUGGAAGUCUUGUGGUUCUCUUCCUACUGCCAGCCAUUCUUUUUCCAUUUUAUUACACCAGUGCUGGGGCACUUGUCACUGAAGUCGCAGAGGACUCUCCUGCUAAUGGGCCCAGAGGUCUUUUUGUUGGUGAUCUUGUUACCAAUUUGCAAGACUGCUCAGUUCAAAGUGUGGAAGACUGGAAUUCCUGCCUGGGAGAGCUCUCUCGGAAGCCGCAAACAGGCUAUUGCAUAAAAACAGCAGUCCUACAACAGCUCAGCUUCCCCUCUAGAGGUUUUAAAAGACUUGAUGGCACAGUUGAAUGUUGUAGCAACAACAGCCUCACAGAUGUUUGUUUUGCAUACAGUAAUAAUUUGAACAGUCACUUGUAUGCCUGUUUACCAGUGCGAAAAGCGAUAGAGGCCAGCCAGCUUUGCCGAACUAAUAUGGAUUGCCAGAGGGACUUUGUUCCAAGUGUGUGUGUGACACCAUCUUUGGAAAAUCAAACUAGACUCAUCCGGGUGAAACAUCUGCCUCAGAUUGAUAUGCUGUUUUUAGGUCAUCCACUGCAUCUCCAGUAUACAGUGAGCCUCAGCAGUUUUGUACCUCGACACAACUUUCUCAGUUUGGAUCUGCCUGUGGUAAUGGAGACAUUCUGCAAAUACCUCAUUUCACUUUCUGGAGCCUUGGCUGUAAUUAAUGCAGUCCCUUGCUUCGCUUUGGAUGGCCAAUGGAUAUUGAACUCUUUCCUGGAAGCCACGCUUAGCACGUUGAUUGUCGAAAAACAAAACAGGGAACUUGUGGGGUUCUUAAUUUUGCUCGCUGGCAGCACACUUUUGGCUGCCAAUGUGGCAUUAGGACUUUGGGUUGUGACGGCACGAUAGUAAAUUGGCUAAUUUUGAUAUAUGUUAACUUACAAAUACUCGAGGUACAUGUAAAAGAAUGAAAUUUAUUGGCUUGUAAAAUAUGGGGUGUAUUUGCAUGUUUGAGUGAAGAGAAGUAGUGUUAAAUCAAAUUACACUGGAGGAAAAAUUUCUACCCUGGGAUUUGUACAGUAAUUCAAGACCUGAUGCAAAUGAUCAUGAGCGAGAAUUUUUGUUAAAAAACCAUUUGGAAAAACUGUGUUUUUAAAAGAGAGGAAAUGUACAUUGAAAAAGAAUUAAGGAAAAGACAAGGAAAAGCAGCAGUACUGUAAUGCCUCCCCAGCCCAUUCAGCGACACACUGCACCUGAGGGCUGCUUGUUCUCAAAGGCAGAGAGCUAAUUUAGUAGAGGAAAAAGUCCUGAUGAGCCAGAUACAACCUUCUGGCCAUACUUUGCCUACCCAUGAUGUAGAUAAUGGGUACAUUAUCCACCCCUGCCCACUCAUCCUGAAUGUAUGGUUAAGAACUUUCUGGAAUAUAGUCAUCUCCUCAGACUGUGGCUUGAACCUUACUUUCACAGCAGCCAUUCUUACUGAUAAAAUAUUGAAACUUACAUUAGUUCUCCCUCCACACCCGAGGUUAAGCUGACUCAAUCAUGCCUGUUCAAAAUUGGAACUUUCAUUUCAUACAUACAAUGGGGUUGUUAUGAGAAAUUUCUUCAGCAAUUGUCUUCCUUAGUAAAAUGCUGCCAUUACUGUAUCUUUCCAUUGUUUAUACAUCCCAUGCAGAUUCUGCUAGGUCCAUGUAACAGAGUAAUGUUAUGAUUACAGUGGCUGUAUUCUAUUUUGCUGUGAAGCUCUGUCUUGCUGAAUGAGAAUCACUGAGCAUGUCAUGACACUGAAGUGCCCUUUGAAUGUUCUCCCAGUUGUGCAGGAGCUUUUCAAUUAAAAUGAAUUGAUACAUUGACUACUUUUUAAAAGUUAUCAACAUUUAAAUUUGUAUAUCAAAGUAUUUAGCUUAUGUGGAUGAUCAAUUAAUCAUGAUUAUCCCUGUAUUGCUGUGAGAAACAUAAAGGAUAUGCUUAUAUGUUUUAAUAAUUUGUCUACAUCCAGUCUAAGAACUAUGUGUGGGGAAUGCUUGCAUAUAUGAAGAGGAGCAGCAGUUUCUGGCUAUUGCCCCUUCCCUCUGCAGCCACCUGUGACAUAUAAAAAUAUGUCUCUAAGGGUCCUGGAACCCUCAGGGACACAGUUUUUGGAAGGUACCGGUGGCUGCAGAGGAACGGGGCAAAACUGAUUUUCCUCUGUGUACAUGAAAGCAUUUCCCAUGUAAAGCUUCUGGUUUGGUUGUCAGUCACUUUUGGGUGCCUCAUGGCUUAAAAGCAGAGUAUAAAUUUACAUUUAAAUAUAAAAGUUUAAAAAAUGAACAUAUGUAACUACUAAUUUAUACUUGGUUGUAAAAAUCUGUAUCAGAUGGAAAAAAUACUGUUUUAUAUUCAGAGAGAUUGUACAUAAUAUAGAUUAAUACCCAAUUGCAUUCCUAUGUGACCAAUCCUGUUAAGACUUCAAACGUGUAUGUAUAGUUGUUUCUAUAGAAUGAUGUGAUGAUGAAUCACACAUAUAAUUAAAUGCUUUCCUUGCACUAGGUUGUAAAAAUAAAUGUUUAUUUGGAAGCAUUCUUCUUACAAAUGUA